AUGAAGCAGGCAGUCAUGCAACAGGCAGACAUGGAGCAGGCAGACAUGAAGCAGGCAGACAUGGAGCAGGCAGACAUGAAGCAGGCAGACAUGGAGCAGGCAGACAUGCAGCAGGCAGACAUGAAGCAGGCAGACAUGGAGCAGGCAGUCAUGCAACAGGCAGACAUGGAGCAGGCAGUCAUGCAACAGGCAGACAUGGAGCAGGCAGACAUGGAGCAGGCAGUCAUGCAACAGGCAGACAUGGAGCAGGCAGACAUGGAGCAGGCAGUCAUGCAACAGGCAGACAUGGAGCAGGCAGUCAUGCAACAGGCAGACAUGGAGCAGGCAAUCAUGAAGCAGGCAGACAUGGAGCAGGCAGACAUGAAGCAGGCAGACAUGCAGCAGGCAGACAUGGAGCAGGCAGACAUGAAGCAGGCAGACAUGGAGCAGGCAGUCAUGCAGCAGGCAGACAUGAAGCAGGCAGUCAUGGAGCAGGCAGACAUGAAGCAGGCAGACAUGGAGCAGGCAGUCAUGCAGCAGGCAGACAUGAAGCAGGCAGACAUGGAGCAGGCAGUCAUGGAGCAGGCAGACAUGAAGCAGGCAGACAUGGAGCAGGCAGACAUGGAGCAGGCAGACAUGAAGCAGGCAGACAUGGAGCAGGCAGUCAUGCAGCAGGCAGACAUGGAGCAGGCAGACAUGGAGCAGGCAGUCAUGCAGCGCACAACUCAAAAAUACAGACGUUAA